UGAAAAAAACUAACAUCAAUUUAAUGGCAUCAAACAUUGCACCAGCCCAACUCCCAACUAUCCGGAGACAAUCGGUACGUAUAUCAUGGAUAUUGAGACACGGAAAACAAUUUAGUCAACAUAUCGACAGUCAAGGGUUUAUGUUAGUCGAUAAACUACUAGAACUGAUACCCAAGUUGACGCUCAGGGAUGUCCAGGAUAUAGUCAGGGAUGAUAGAAAAGGUCGCUAUGAAAUGCGUCAACAACAAAAUGAUGGGACCCUUGGUGACGGUGACGGUGAUAGACCAGUCAAAUGGCUAAUUAGGGCUAACCAGGGUCAUAGUCUACAACAUAUCCAAAUUGACAAUCAAUUGAUUACGAAUACCGGUGACUAUCCGCUAGUAAUACACGGAACCUAUUGCCAGAAUAUACAGUCUAUACUGGAUAAUGGUCUGAAUAGGUGUAACCGUCAGCACAUACAUAUGGCACAGGGAUUUGACGCCCGUAGCGGAUCGCGUUACGAUUGUACAGCUUUUAUCAUUAUCGAUAUGCAGCGUGCAAUUGAGCAUGGUCAACUUAAAUUUUAUGUAUCAAGUAAUGGUGUUAUUUUAUCGGAGGGCGACACCCAAAGGGGUGGUAUAAUUGAUAAACAAUAUUUCAAAGAUAUUUUGGAUGUUCAGCGCAAAAGUAUUGUUUCAAGAUUUAAAAAUUUUAGUCCACAAUAA